GGGCCAGCCGUGUCUCCAGGGGGCAGAGGAGCAGAGGGAGCCUGACAGGUGUGAAUAGCCACAUCGUUGCCAUUUUCCCCUGCCCGGCUUCUCCUUCUGAUCCUUGCCUACAGGUCAUCCUUGACUUACAACCGUUCGUUUAGUGACCGUUCUAAGGGCCAUUUUCCAGACUUUUCACCAGCGGAGGCGAUUAACGGGGUCUGUCCAUUCCCAGGUCUGGAUUCGGGAGGAUGAGGACUCUCUGGAUAAUGGCCGUGUUGCUGCUGGGCGUCGAGGGGAGCCUGAUCGAAUUGGGGAAGAUGAUCUUCCAAGAGACGGGGAAAAACCCUGUUAAAAACUACGGCUUAUACGGAUGCAACUGCGGCGUGGGGAACCGAGGCAAGCCAGUGGACGCCACCGACCGCUGCUGCUUCGUGCACAAAUGCUGUUACAAAAAAGUGACUGGCUGCGACCCCAAAAAGGACCGCUACUCCUAUAGCUGGGAGAACAAGGCCAUCGUCUGCGGAGAGAAAAACCCACCAUGCCUGAAGCAGGUGUGUGAGUGCGACAAGGCCGUGGCAAUCUGCCUCCGAGAAAAUCUGGGCACGUACGACAAAAAGCAUAGGGUUACCGUGAAAUUUCUUUGCAAGGCGCCAGAGUCAUGCUAAGUCUCUGCAGCCCGGGGAAAACCCCUCAAAUAACACAAUUGUAGUUGUGUUACUCUAUUAUUCUGAAUGCAAUACUGAGUAAUAAACAGGUGCCACCUUUGCACUCAA